AUCCAUCGCAUCUUUGAUUUACUAGUGAACCAUGGCCAAAACCAGAUCAAAGGGACCAGUAUCUCCCAAAACACCCCUUUCUGACAAGAUUAGGAAGAUCAAGACUAAGACGAGUGUUGAGGCGUCGCCUAGUGUCAGAAAAGUCAAAAAAGGUAGAGUUGAAAAAUCCGCCAAACCAUCCACCACCACAUCCACCACCGUUUCUACCGACGUUGUGAGUGAUAAAGUCGCUAGAGGGGCGGUGGAACAAUUGUCAAAGUAUACCUCUGCCCAAGCCAAGGAGUCUGAGCUGGAUCUCUUUGCGGAUGAGGAAGAUGACGAAUAUGUGUACUUGCAAGUUACUACCAAGAAGUUUUUCUCUGACAAACCCAACUUCAAGCCCAAGGUAAUUAAGUUGUCUCACCCGAUAAUCAAGGAACAAUCUGACCUUAAAACAUGUUUAAUUGUGAGAGAUCUGUUGAUCACCAAACAAGAACAAGUGGAAAAGAUCGAAAGUGAACAAAUUCCUACCUUACAGAAGAUAUACACCUUGCAUGACAUUAAAACCGAGUUCAAGCCAUUUGAAAAGAAAAGACAAUUGUAUAACGAGUAUGACUUAUUUGUGGUUGAUGACGCCUUAAUGAAUUCUUUACCCAGUGCCUUGGGUAAAGUGUUUUAUGAUAACGGAAACAACAAGAUUCCUUUACCCAUUAGAGUCACCUCCUCGAACAGCCCCAAACAGUUCUCCACUAUCACGUUCAAGAACCAAUUGGAUAAGUGUUUGACCAGCACGUUCUUCUUACCUCCUAUGGGAGUGAAUAUCUUGAUCAAGUUGGGAGUCAUAAAUAAGUCUUCUACCGACGACUUGGCCCAAAACAUCAAGGACGUGAUGAAGACCUUUGAAGUUUCUUCGUUGAGGUCUGCUAUGAUCAAGACCUCUUCUUCUCCAGCGUUGCCUGUGUUCUACAGUGAUAAGCUUUACGACUCGGUAGAUGUGCUCGAGAAGGCAAAGUCUGCAAAGAAAUCCGACAAGAGCCAAUUAUCUGCUUUCGAAAAGGGAUUAUUAGAGCUUGGUACCACCGAAGAUGUCACCAAGAUUAUUGGUAAGAAAUUGGGUCAAAAAUUAAGCAGUUAGUCAGUGUAUGUACAUUAACAUCAUUACCAGA